AUGGCAUCAGCCCUGGCAUUUUCUUUAGGCGCCAUUGUACCAUUACUUGCAGCUGCAUUCACUGAAAAUUAUAAGGUGAAGCUAGGAGUUGUGGUGGCAGCAGUCACCUUAGCAUUGAUUGCUUUUGGAGAAGUUGGGGCAGUGAUGGGCGGGGCUCCAGUGGAUGGCUAUGGGAAAGAUAAAAGUGAAGGUGUGUACUUGGAAAUCACAUUUCCAGACCAAUGGAACCUGACCAAAUCUAAUACCCAUAGCCAUCCAGUGACCGACCACCAACCUACGACAAGACCUCCCACUGCCCGGAGGACUCCAACCGAAGCUAAGGUCACUCAUGCUACCACCACUCCCAGCCUUACCGUAUGGUUUGCUAGAAAUGUGACUGCAAAGUAA